GCUCCUGCGAUGGGCGUGCUGCAGCACCAGAGCGUUGUGUUCAAGGGCAUGUUCAGCUUGAACUCGUCUGCUUAUUCUGGGCCUCCAACUAAAGAAAGCAACGCGAAGUGGGAAGAAUUGUACAGUUUUGGUAUUUCAGCGAUUUCGACGAAGGAAGCCAGCCAGAUGAUCAACCACACGCUCCCGAUUCCUGGCCAGCAUGGCUCUUACAUCACAUCCCUAUCCGUAUUCCAUAUGCUUCAUUGUUUGAACGUCAUGCGACAUGCGAUCUACGAAGGACCCGACUGGUUAGACAUUGACGAGCUCAUGGCAAUUUCUCACGUUGAUCACUGCAUCAACGCGAUUCGGCAAAGCCUUAUGUGCAGCGCAGACAUCACGCCGCUCGUUUGGGCUCGACAACGGCACGAUGGCAAGGUGAAGGAAGUCAUGGAAGUGGUCCACUCAUGUCGCAAUUUCGAUCUCGUCAGACAGUGGGGUCUCCAACGUCAGCUC